CCGGAAGCGCGCCGAAGUUUCAAGGAGCGGAUGAGAACAUCGGAAUUAGUCCUUUCUGCGCCUGCGUGAGGGUUUCGUUCGUCGGUGCGGUGGGAGGCGGUAGGUGGAGAGGUCCGUAGCGGUCGUGCGAGGGAAGGCGGCGGUGUGAGGUGUUUAGAACGGUGCGAGAAAUGGACGUGGGCAGCGCUCCGCAAGAGGAGGAACAGGCGAUCCAGGAGGAGGGGAAGCCGCAGCCUUCGCAAGAGCCUCCAGAGGACGAGGAGGAGACGCAGCAGCAAGAGCUGGAGAAAUACCGGAGGCUCCUCUGCUCAGAAUUUGCUGCCGUUAGCGGCACCGACGACGCGGUCGCGCAGCGCUUCCUUGCAGAGAACUGCUGGGAUGUGCAAAUGGCGUUGAACUCUUAUUUCGAGCCGCCCCUUAAUCAGGAGCACAUGGACGUUUCAGUUAUUGACCUUACUGAUGAUUCAGCUAGCAGUAGCACAUUGACAGUGGCUAAGAAAGAUGAGGCUUCAGGUCUACAAGAAGACGAUAACUCCUUUUCUUUAAUCACAUGGAAUAUAGAUGGCCUGGAUGCAAAUAAUCUUCAAGAAAGGAUUCGAGGAGUCUGUUCCUAUUUAGCUUUGUACAGCCCAGACGUUGUAUUUUUACAGGAGGUUAUUCCUCCAACUUUGAGUUAUCUACAGAAGAGAGCAGUCAGUUAUACAAUUAUUCCAGGUAAUUCAAUUGAUUAUUUUACUGCCAUCAUGUUAAAAAAAUCAAGAGUGAAAGUUUUGAAACAUGAAAUAAUGCCUUUCCCUACAACGGUGAUGAGGAGAAAUUUAUUAACAGUACACGCAACCAUCUCUGGUGUUGAGAUCUGCUUUAUGACCUCCCAUCUGGAAAGCACCAAGAACUUUGGUGAAGAACGCAUAAAGCAGCUGAAACUGGUUCUUGCAAAAAUGGAAGAGGUACAGGAGACCAUGACUGUGAUCUUUGGCGGAGAUACAAAUCUGAGACACAAAGAGGUUGACAAACUAGGUGGCUUACCUGACAAGGUUUUGGAUAUUUGGGAGUUUUUGGGCAAGCCCAAGCAUUGCCAUUACACCUGGGACACAAGCCAGAACACGAACCUGAAUGUAAAAUACAAGUGCAAAAUGCGGUUUGAUCGCCUGUUCCUCCGAGCUGCUUCACCUGGUGGUCAAAUUAGUCCUCAGAAUUUGGAAUUAAUUGGCCUGGAAAAACUGGACUGUGGCAGAUUUCCAAGUGAUCAUUGGGGUCUUCUGUGUAAUUUUGAGAUUUCCAAGUGAUCGUUGGGGUCUCCUGUGUAAUUUUGGUGUGGUACUUUAAAGGCCUCAUGCUAAAUAUUCCUGGGGUUUAAAUUUUAAGUUUUGCUCAGGUUUGCAUUCCCAUUACUGUAUUUAGUUUUUCAGUUGUUGUUAUAAUCCCUGCUUAAAUAACAUGGGGAAAUAUCCAGUCAUAUACUAUCAUGUUAUGUGGUCCAAAAACCCCAUGGCUAAUUCUUGUGCAAAAUUCUGUAUUUUUAUAUUCUGUAUUUUCGUACAAUUGCCCACAAGUUAGAACAGAAGUGUUAAAAUGUUCUAUUUAAACGAAAUUGUACUUAAUAAAGGUGAGUUUUAAGGA